CCUUCCCCCUCCCCUCCAAAUUUUUACUCAUAGUAUGAGUACUAUCAUUUCAUUUUUAUUCCCCAUUUUUAUUCUAUUUUAUUUUUCGGGUUCUUUUUAUCCUUUCCCUUUUGGUUCUUGGGUUGCCCACUUUUUUUUUCAACUCAAACUGACCUCAGAAUCAGCAAUCCAUGAUCCAUCCUUCCCCCCCUCUGAUCCCCAUCCAGCCAUCCAUUCUUUCUCCCUCUACUCCGUACCGUACGCUCUGAUUUAUUACCAUCGCGCACACUCCUUUCUUUCUUGUCAUUUUAGAAGUCUAAUUAGAAUUCUGUCAAUCAUUCUCUCAAUUGAUCCCUACCGCUCUCUGUAACAUAAACCCAAUAACCUAUAUCACCAUUCCAGCAACAGCAACA